AUGAGGAAGGGGUUUCAGGAUGUGCGUCAGGGGCAGAUUCUGUCCAGAUUAAAGCCAGCAGCUGUUGGUGGGGAGAUCCCAGUAAAUAAGAAGAUAAAAGAAAAAAAGUCACCGCUUGUGGAGGACUUCCUAAUUCAAAGAGACUAUCUGGGGGCCAUUACGUUGUUGGAGUUUCAGCGCAAUGUUGGCGAGCGAGGGGAGGAUGCAGACCUGUGGUUGGCCUACUGUGCUUUCCACCUUGGUGACUACAAGAGAGCCAUGGAGGAAUACAAGGCCCUGACAGACAAACCAGACUGCCGCCCGGAUGUGUGGGUCUACCUGGCCUGUACUCUCUUCUUCCUGGGGCUUUACAAAGAAGCAGAGGAGGCUUCACGCAAGGCCCCUAAAUGCCAGCUGCAGAAUCGACUACUGUUCCAUUUGGCUCACAAGUUCAAUGAUGAGAAGCAGCUGAUGGGUUUCCACCAGGAGUUGGAGGAUGUGACAGAGGACCAGCUCAGCCUGGCCUCCAUCCACUACAUGCGCUCCCACUACCAGGAGGCCAUCGACAUCUACAAACGCAUCCUGCUGCAGAACAGAGACUUCCUGGCCCUGAAUGUGUAUGUGGCUCUGUGCUACUACAAGCUGGACUACUACGAUGUGUCCCAGGAGGUGCUGGCUGUUUACCUGCAGAGCGUCCCAGACUCCACCAUUGCUCUCAACCUCAAGGCCUGCAACCACUUCAGGCUCUACAACGGAAAAGCAGCAGAGACUGAGCUGAAAAACCUGAUAGAUAUCUCCUCCAGCUCCUUUGAGUUUGCCAAGGAGUUAAUCCGACACAACCUGGUGGUGUUUCGUAGCGGGGAGGGGGCCUUGCAAGUGCUGCCUGCACUGAUUGAUGUCAUUACUGAGGCUCGUCUCAAUCUGGUCAUCUACUACCUCAGACAAGAUGAUGUCCAGGAGUCCUACCAGCUCAUCAAAGACUUAGAACCCACCACACCACAGGAGUACAUCUUGAAGGGGGUUGUGAAUGCUGCACUCGGACAGGAGAUGGGGUCGAGAGAUCAUCUGAAGAUUGCUCAGCAGUUUUUCCAGCUGGUUGGUGGCUCAGCUAGCGAAUGUGACACCAUCCCUGGCAGACAGUGCAUGGCUUCUUGUUUCUUUCUGCUCAGGCAGUUUGAGGAUGUGCUCAUCUACCUCAACUCUGUCAAGAGUUACUUCUACAACGAUGACGCCUUCAACUUCAACUAUGCACAGGCCAAAGCUGCUGUUGGCAACUACAGGGAGGCAGAGGAGAUCUUCCUGUUGAUUCAGAAUGACAAGAACAAGAGUGACUAUGUGUACCUGAGCUGGCUGGCACGCUGCUACAUUAUGAACCAGAAGGCCCGUCUGGCCUGGGAGCUCUACAUGAAGAUGGAGACCUCAGCAGAGUCCUUCAGCCUCUUGCAGCUCAUUGCAAACGAUUGCUACAAGAUGGGCCAGUUCUACUACUCAGCAAAGGCAUUUGAUGUCUUGGAGAGAUUGGACCCCAACCCUGAGUACUGGGAGGGCAAAAGGGGAGCCUGUGUGGGUAUCUUUCAGCUAAUUUUGGCAAGCAGAGAACCCAGGGAGGCUUUGAGGGAAGUGCUGCCCUUGCUGAGGAACACUGGGAAUCCUCAGGUGGAAUACAUCAUCAGGAUUCUGAAGAAAUGGGCCAAGGACAACAGGGUUUCUCUGUGAUGUUAUCAUUCCUUACUUAAGAAUGCAAAGCCUAUAUGAAGAAAAGGGUCCUUUGGGCAAACUGACAGUCAAAUGCAAAAAUUCACCAUAAGUGCCAGUUUGUUCAUUAUUCAUUCAUCUCUUUCCUGUUUGUUAUUUUGCUAGUACAUUGUAUUGGUGUCGUU